GAGGCGGGCUAUUCCCCGCAGUGCUGGGCCGGGCGGACACGAGAGGAGGAAGCAGGCGUUGCAACGGGAGAGCCGAGGAGACUAGACGCAGCGACAAAGAAGCUCCCGCCGGGGCUGGGGCGUUUACCAUGGAGGACGGCGUCUAUGUGCCUCCGGACCUGACACCCGAGGAACGCCUAGAACUGGAGAACAUCCGGCGGCGGAAGCAGGAGCUGCUGGUGGAGAUACAGAGGCUGCGGGAUGAGCUGAGUGAAGCCAUGAAUGAGGUGGAGGGGCUAGAGGCCAACGAGGGCAGCAAAACCCUCCAGAGGAACCGAAAGAUGGGAAUGGGCCGGAAGAAAUUUAAUAUGGAUCCUAAAAAGGGUAUCCAGUUCCUGGUAGAGAAUGAGCUGCUGCGCAACACGCCUGAGGACAUUGCCCGCUUCCUCUACAAGGGCGAGGGGCUCAACAAGACAGCUAUCGGGGACUACCUGGGUGAGAGGGAAGAGUUCAACAUCGCUGUGCUGCAUGCCUUUGUGGACCUGCAUGAGUUCACCGACCUCAACCUGGUGCAAGCCCUGCGGCAGUUCCUGUGGAGCUUCCGCCUCCCCGGUGAGGCCCAGAAGAUUGACCGGAUGAUGGAGGCCUUCGCCCAGCGCUACUGCCUCUGCAACCCAGGUGUCUUCCAGUCAACAGAUACCUGCUACGUCCUUUCCUUUGCUGUCAUCAUGCUGAACACCAGCCUGCACAACCCAAAUGUGCGGGACAAGCCCACAGUGGAGCGCUUCAUCACCAUGAACCGUGGCAUCAAUGAUGGUGGGGACCUGCCCGAGGAGCUGCUGCGGAACCUGUAUGACAGCAUCCGGAACGAGCCUUUCAAGAUCCCCGAAGACGAUGGCAAUGACUUGACGCACACAUUCUUCAACCCUGACCGUGAGGGCUGGCUGCUGAAGCUGGGCGGACGGGUGAAGACGUGGAAGAGACGCUGGUUCAUCCUGACUGACAACUGCCUGUACUACUUUGAGUACACCACGGACAAGGAGCCACGGGGGAUCAUCCCCCUGGAGAACCUGAGCAUCCGUGAGGUGGAGGACCCCCGUAAACCGAACUGCUUUGAGCUCUACAUCCCCAACAACAAAGGGCAGCUCAUCAAGGCCUGCAAGACGGAGGCAGACGGGCGGGUGGUGGAGGGGAACCACAUGGUCUAUCGCAUCUCAGCCCCCACGCAGGAGGAGAAGGACGAGUGGAUCAAAUCCAUCAAGGCUGCCGUGAGCGUGGACCCCUUCUACGAGAUGCUAGCCGCCCGCAAGAAGCGCAUCUCAGUCAAGAAGAAGCAGGAGCAGGCAUGAGGGGGUAGCCAUGGGCAUCUCUCCAGGGCUCCCUCCCCCCAUGCCAUGACCCUGGGGCUACUGCACUGCUCCUUGCCAGGGCCUGAAGGAGCUAGGGGGUCUCUGUCACAGACUGACAGGAGCACUGGCUCCCCCUCCCUGCCCCAGACUGCGCCACAGCCUCAGAGCGGUCUGGUCAGGCAGGGAGAACAUCCCCUGCCUGGGGUCACCUGCACUGCAUCCCCCUCUGGAGUACAGCCAGCCUGGCCUUGGAGCUCUGUAGGGGCCUUGGGGAGGAUGUGGUCAGGCACACAAGUGGGACCAUGCUGCCAUCUUGCCAAGAAGCCCCAGCCACUGGGGCACUGGUUGCUCUGAGCAGGGCAGUUCUCCUUCAGCCAGCGGGGAGCAGUGAUACACACAUGCAUACCUCUGCUGCUUCUAGCCAGUAGGGACCAGUGAGACUGAUAGACACACAUGUAUGCACAUGCACACAGGCAGCUCUGCUUGUAGUUAGUGACCAGUAACACCCACACACACACCUGUUUCCCACUAGCAAGGAGCAGGGACAGAUAUGCAUGCCCACGCCACAUGCACACACAGCCUUUCCUUCUAGCCAGUAGGGACUAGUGAGAUACAGACACAUGCACACAAGCAGCUCUGCUAGCCAGCAGGGACCAGUGAAACAGCUGAGUACACAAGCACACAGAGCAGCUCUGCUUCAAGCUAGCAAGGAACUGUGACAUAUACACACCCCAGCAGCUCUACCAGGCAGUAGGGAAUGGUGAGGUUGACAGACAUGCACACACACGCACACAAUGGGGCAGCUCUGCUUCAGCCAGCAGGGAAUAGUGAGGUGCAUGCACACAUGCAGCUCUUUCUAGCCAGUAGGAAACCAACAAAAGAAACACACAUGCACACAGCUUUUCUAGCCAGGUGGGAGAACCUCACAUAUAUGUACGCACACCAGGGCAACUAGCAGGGAGCAGUGAGAGACUGACAGACACACUGAUCUGGGCAGCCUUGCACCUAGGCAGCCAGGAUCAGUGACAGGCUGACACACACUAACACAGAGCAGGGCAACCCUGCUCAGCCUGUGGGGAGCAGUGACAGACAGACAGAUACAGGUGGACACUCACAGAGCAGGGUAAUUCUGCUUCCACCCAGCAGGGGCCAGUGUCACACAACCUGGAGCCCCCUGUGUUUGGAGAAACAGGCUGUGCCAUGCUGGGACAAGACACUCUCCCAUUACCUGUUCACUUACCCAUGAGCCCUGAGCAAGGGCUGUGCCAGGGAAGACUCCAGGCCAGGACCCACAUUUGUUUCUGGACUGGGGGCACAUGGAAGAGGAGACCUAGCAUCAAGGGGCCAGAGCAAAGAGACCCAAAAGCCAUCGAGAGAGCUGAGGGGCUGGCCUCUGAUCUUAGCUCUCCCAGGACCAAUCAAGUUACUCCUGAUUGCAGUGGUGUCAGGGCCAGAUCCUGGGUUCUAUGGGCAGAAUGUGCUGCAAGAGCAGCUUCUGGAUUAUCCAGCUUAACCUGGGGGCAGCCUUUCCCUUCCCAGCCCCCAGGUGUUGCACCAGCCUGCAGCUUGGAAAGGCCUUAUCCCCAACACCGGUCAUUGCUGGGGUAACAGGCACAACAGGUGUUUACCCACAAGGCCAUGCUCCCACUGCACCUAUGUUCUGUGGGUGUGGACCCCAGAGAUUUUGCAGCCCUCACCCUACACCACCACCCCCCCCCCCCCCUGCCAGCAGAAAGAACCUUAUGGCAGAGGAGCACAGCUUUGCCCCUCCAGGUGCCUCCUGCCUGGGGCUGGGCUCUCACUCCUUUCCGCGGAAGUGCCAGCAGGGGGCAGUGCCCCCCCUUCUCCCAACCUCACAGACAAGACACCAGCUAAUUGGUAAAUCCUACUCCGGUGUGGCUGGGGGGGCCUCCCAUGGCCCAAAGCAUUUCACUUGCCCUGCUACAAGACCCUGUCCAUCCUGCCCAUCUUUCCUUCCAAAACUGACAAGGGGGCAGCUGGGCCAUGGGAAGUCUGUAGCCCCCUCCUUCAUUCCUAUGUGCCAUCUCUGACCCUUUCCACAUGGUGACUAGGGAAAACCUUUGGGACUGAGUCUGCAUCCUGUGUGGGGUUUCCAAGAGCCUAAGACUGACACCCCUUUCAGGAAGCAGGAAAGAGGGCCUUGAUGCCAUCCUGGCAGAGGGGGGGGGCUGCAGGUGUUGGGUUGAGUAGGACAUGGGCAAACCCUCUUGAGACCAGCUUCUUCCACCCAUGUGACUGCAGGGCUGGCUUCAAUGUGCUCAGGAUGCUAAUAGAGUCUGUAAGGGGAUAAGACUGACCCUUCCAGGUCAAUGCUGUCCACUGCCCCCAAGAACUUGGCCCCUUCCACCCUGCCCAGCCACUGCUGACUUCUCGCCACCCAUGGCAUGACCCUCCAUGGUUAUCACCUGGGGAGGCAAGCCUUGUGCCCACCGGGGGGGGGGGGGGGGGGGUUGGGAGUUCAUGUGACCUUUGCUAUUCCCAAUUGUAUACUUUGGGUUUUUUUAUUAUUAUUAUUUAAGGAUUUAAUGUAUGCAAAUUUGGACUGGAUUAAACACUACAGCGUUGAA